UUUUAACGUUUCCCUACAUUACAGUGGUAGCCGGGGUGUUCCCGUUUGCUUUAAAGGAACAACUUUGAUUAAAUUCUUUCCGUUCUAAGAAAAAUUGAGACAUCCUGUUAUGAAAUAGAGUUUAAAGUCAGGGCGUGUUUGAAUUUCGAGUGUUGGAGAGACUGCCCCCUUCUCCUCCUCCUCCUGACUGGCCGCUAGCUCAGUAGCUUUUGCAUGUCGUAGCACCCACUGUUAAAGUUGUGUUUUAGUCUGUGGUUAUUUUACUUAUUUGGAGUUCGGGAGAGAAGACGAUGGGGUGUACGCUGAGCACCGACGAUAAGGCUGCGCAGGAGCGGAGCAAGAUGAUCGACAGGAAUCUGAGGGAUGACGGAGAAAAGGCUGCUCGGGAGGUCAAGCUGCUUCUGCUCGGUGCUGGAGAGUCUGGGAAAAGUACCAUUGUUAAACAGAUGAAGAUCAUCCAUGAAGCGGGUUACUCAGAAGAGGAGUGUAAGCAGUACAAGGCUGUGGUCUACAGUAACACCAUCCAGUCCAUCAUUGCUAUCAUAAGGGCCAUGGGGCGCCUCAAGAUCGACUUUUCUGAACAGGCCAGAGCGGAUGACGCUCGCCAGCUGUUCAUGCUUGCGGGUUCAACAGAGGAAGGCUUCAUGACAGGCGAGCUGGCCGGUGUGAUCCACCGGCUGUGGAAGGACGAAGGCGUCCAGGCCUGCUUCAGCCGGUCCCGCGAGUACCAGCUCAACGACUCCGCUGCUUAUUACCUUAACGACCUGGACAGGAUAUCCAACCCUUCUUAUGUUCCCACUCAGCAGGAUGUGUUGAGAACCAGAGUAAAAACCACCGGGAUUGUCGAGACACACUUCACUUUCAAGGAUCUGCACUUUAAAAUGUUUGACGUGGGCGGACAGCGAUCAGAGAGGAAGAAGUGGAUCCAUUGUUUCGAGGGAGUCACCGCCAUCAUCUUCUGCGUGGCCCUGAGCGACUACGACCUGGUGCUGGCCGAGGAUGAAGAGAUGAAUCGAAUGCAUGAAAGCAUGAAGCUGUUUGACUCCAUCUGCAACAACAAGUGGUUCACUGACACCUCCAUCAUCCUCUUCCUCAACAAGAAGGACCUCUUUGAGGAGAAAAUCAAAAAGAGCCCGCUCACAAUCUGCUUCCCUGAAUAUCCAGGCUCAAACACCUACGAGGAGGCUGCGGCGUACGUUCAGUGCCAGUUCGAGGACCUAAAUAAAAGAAAAGACACCAAGGAGAUCUACACUCAUUUCACGUGUGCCACCGACACCAAGAACGUGCAGUUUGUGUUUGACGCCGUCACUGACGUCAUCAUCAAGAAUAACCUGAAGGACUGCGGCCUUUUCUGAAGGGCAGUACGCCAGUUACUUUCCCAAGUGACUUUUUUCAUCUGGAGUCUGAGUGGAGGCGGCUUAGUGGACCCUGUUGAGAACGUCACUUUUAACCUCUUAUUAACUUAUGUUCAACUCUAAAAGUUAUGAAGACGGUGUGUAGAAAAAAACAUUUUGUGUAAAAUAUUUGUACAACAGUUAAUGGCAAGGGAUUUUUUUUUUUCUUUCUGCCGUUUUUAAAAUUAGCUUGUUUUAUUUUAUUUUUUAUAUAUUGGGGGGAGGGAGAUGGUUUUUUUUUGUUUGUUUUUUGGUCCAUCAAGGAACACUGUCUUUUAUUUUUAGUUGCUUGAGCCUCGCAUGCCUUAGUUGCAGUGUUUUCUUCAUCGUUUUGUAGCUACCAUCAAAGUCCCUUGAAUCCAUAUUGUCAUUUUUUGUUUGGAGUCCUUCAGUUUUUGCCUCAUUUCAAAGACAGGGGAGGAAAAAAAAUAACCAAGACCAAGUUACUCUGCAGACCAGUUCACUCUGACACUGACAUACUGUGAGAGCCGUGUGGAAACUCGCAUGAUCGAGAACUUAGUUUCAGAUGAAGUCCGUAUGAGUGAAGUUGUGUGUGUGUGUGUGUGUGUGUGUGUGUGUGUGUGUGUGUGUGUGUGUGAAUGUUUGCUCAGUAUGAAACAAAGGGACUUUGAUUCCUCACUUGUCAUCCUUCUUCAAAGUUUUUAUUUUUCUAAGCGACCAAAAAGAAGCUACUUUGGCAUUAUUGAGCGCACAGCGACACUGUGCCGUUCCAAACAUUCCCGAGCGACAUGGAGGAGGAAGCAGCUUUGAAAAGAGGAUGGCAAAGGUGGCCUUGUAGCAGACUGUAAUGACCGAACAUAGACCCUGUGUUCAGUGUAGACAGACAGCCAGCUGAAUACGAGUGCACUGUUACUGAUUAGGAUCUGUGAUGGGUUCAAGUUACAUAUCGCCCUUCAGUCCCCCUGCCCUGUUUUUUCAUUGGAUGGGGACAUUAGUGGACUAAUCCAAGUGAUUUUGCUAAUAAAAGGGUUGCAAUGGUGAAACCAUGGCAACUUGCACAACA